AUGAGGUCCACACGGUGGCUUCGCUGUCGUCCAUUCUCCACCCGUUUCUUGAUCAUCUCAUUCUUGGCAAUAGCGUUUGCAAUCUAUUGCUAUUAUUAUAACGUGACGCUGGCAUCUUACCCAAAAUCAACACUUCAAAGGGUUUCAACGCCUGUGGUCGAUUUCGCGGAACUCUUCCCCUUCACUUGCUACGGUUAUCGCUAUAUGAUUAAGAAAACUGUUCAAACAUGUUCCCUUAUAAAUGACUUCUACCUGGGGCUUCUGUCGUUGACGUGUUUAGUAUCGUUUAUAUACAAUUUUAGUACUUUCUGA